AUGUCCUCCUCAUCAUCUCUAACGCUUAGCACGCUAUUAUCAAUACUACAGACACACCUCAAUGCCCAAACCCGACUUCUGCCGACACUCCAUGUUCAACUCGGCCUACCACAAACCGCUCCGGAAGACGAACUGCAAACAUUACAGCAUACUCUGAAUAAGGCCAUUGAGUCUCGGAUAGAGGAAAAUGCGAGGGAGUGGAGUCUGGUUGUGCUCGGUGUUCGAGAGUGCUGGGCACAUGCUGAAGUUGCUGGAUCGCUCAGCGAUCUCAAAGCUGAGAAGGUCUCGCCAAGGAGAUAUGAAAGCGCCACUACCAGGAGAAAACUAAGACAGAUCUACCCUACGAAACUCAAGCAGCUCACAACGUUGACCAAUCGCCUGAACGCCCUCGCACGGACGCUUGGCUCCCAACAAGAUAUCUUAACUUCAGCGAAACUACAAGAUAUUGUACCUGGACGUUUCUCCAAACUUGAAAAAGAGCUUGUACGAGGAAAAGGUGAAGUGUUGAAACGACUAAAUCAACUGAGUGAAGUCUCUAUUCAGAUCGACUCAGAACUAGGUAUCGAUCCUCCCCCACCCACUGUCACACCUCAUCCUCAACACUCGCUCACACGUCUCAACUCGGGUGCAGAUCCAUCUGCGUCCUUAACCAUCGGACCAUUGGCUCCCACUCCCUCAUCAAUCGGGAAACCCAACAACCACAUGCCUUGCCCAUCGUUUUCUCCCCCACAACCCUAUAGAGCCCCUCCAGAAGUCCCUGAGCUCCCCAACGAACGUGAAUACCCCAGGUCCCUCGGACGCUUCAUCAAACUACUCGACUCGUUGCUGCAAGAAUCGUCACCUGGACCCAAUCUUAAGUUCAUGUGGUAUCGACCCGACGCAGGGGCUAUGUAUGACCAGCUGGAGGCGCUUUGGCGACGCAUGGGUGUGGACGAGGAGGCUAUGUAUGAUUUUGUCGCGGCGAAUCGCAGGACGACGCCUUCUGUGGUUCAAGCGUAUGAAGAAGAACUGGAGCGCAUGAUUGACUUGAAGCACGAGAGAAUGUGCGAGUUUAUCGCUAAUGUUCGCACAGAAAUUGAGAGCCUGUGGGAGGAGCUCCUGGUAGAAGAAGAAUGA